UACCUGGCCAACUUGCAGCCUAGCCAGAGAUCAAAAACAAAACUUGCAGCCUAGCCUUGGUUGCCAUCUCUUCUCCCCCUCCCUCCCCAACUACUCCCUCUCCUCCCACAUACGCUUCUUCAAGAGAAAAGAGCAGAGCAAACCCAGCACGACACCCUCAUCUCCGACCAAGAUCACUGCCGAGCAGACCAUCCGUCCAGCGCCGCCGAUGGAUUCGUCUCACCACAAGGUGAUCGGGGUCGCUCCGGCGGUGGCGGAGGGAGGGAGGAUGUGCUGUGUCGAAUGCCGCACCACCACCACUCCCAUGUGGCGCAGCGGGCCGACGGGGCCGAGGACGCUUUGCAACGCCUGCGGGAUCCGGUACAGGAAGAAGAGGAGGCAAGAGCUAGGUCUCGACAACAAGCAGCAGAACCAGCAGGAGAACCAACAACAACAACAACAUCAACAGCAGAACCAACAACAACAGCAUCAACAACAACAAGAACAACAACAGCAACGAGAAGAUAACGCAGAGGCAACAAGUGCAGUAAAAGACAGCAGCAGCAGUAGCAACAGCAAAAGCAGCAACCUCCAAGUGGUGAAGAAAAAAAGGAGGGUCUCAAUGGGAGUGGAGGAGGCUGCAUUCUUGCUCAUGGCCUUGUCCUCCUCAUCUACACCCCCACUACUGCAUGGCUGACGGACCCCCCCACCAUUGGUGCGCCGUGUACAUACAUACAUGAUAUACAAGGCAGCCUAAACAGACCACCCAGUGAUUCCAAACCAGUCAUACAGAUUUCUUAGAUGGGUUAUCAAGAUGGAGCAGCAGGGAAAUGAUGUCUCUUUCGGGUUGAUCAUGUCGAUGUGAUGUGGGGGGGCUGGAUUUUGUAUUUGGAUCCACCUGUGCCGUAGGUCUUGGAUCGUGUCAGUGUGUCGCAUUCGAGACCGAAAGGGAAGAUGCUCUGGGGGGGAAAUGUUUGCUCCGGAGAGGGAAAAAACUGGUCAGUGGCUGUAUGUUGUUCGUCGUGGUAGGCUCAACUGUGAUUAGUCCAGAGUUUGUUUUAAUUUUACCCCUGAUUCAUCUUGUUCCCCUUUUUUCUGUUUAUUUCAAUGUAUGUGUUUUGUUUCCAUUGUUAGUUGAGAAGGAUCAAAAGCAAGCAUUGCCAUCCUUCAUGUGUAAUAAGGAUCAAAUCAAUAAAAAUGAUUCAUUCGUUUCAA